AUGAUAGCCGUGAGACAUCUGAUCAGAGUCAGCUUGGCUCUGGUUGGCUUAUUUCCAUGGCUUGGACUAUCACUUGAUGUCGCUAUCCACCAGGAAUGUGUUGCCGCUGUUUUUGGUAUUAUCGGAAAUCUCAACUUUGAAGGCGUCGGUUACGGUGAAUACUAUUUGGGACUUUGCCAAAACCCUCUGAAAGCCACUUCUGUCUACGCUAUUUCUAGGGCAUAUUGCCCGCCAAAUGACCUAGAUACCGGGUUCACCUACUUCGGCUUGGCCUGUCAGACCUAUGGCAGCGUGGAACUCAUCCCAGAAGCAGACCUAGCUGCUAAUUUGACUGCUCAAGCAGUUAACAGCUUUCCUAUCCUUGAUCAGGAUGAUCCGAGGGUUUUGACUAACCUUACGACGCCAAUUCUGAUCUCGAGAGAGUGGUUUGAAUUGGGUUUCCGCACAGAGGUACGCUUUCUCCAUUCCAGUUCUUCCAAAUCCAUUGUCUCGCUGUCUAGGAGAAUUACUAAGAUUAUACAGGACACGUGGGAUUAUGAAGCCCGAACGCAUGCUGCCUAUGGAUACGCAAUGUAUGGUUUCUGGGGCGGUGUUCUCGUCAUUGGAUUUCUGCAUCGAAUUAUCACCUUGAUCAAUGAAAGCCGGCUGUCACCGUCAUCUAUCGGCCCCGAGGACACGGGAAGAGCAGAUAGUCGCGAGAAACAAACUGAAAAAAGCCGUCUAUUUGUAUCGAUGUACUCAUGGAUCCGCAAAAACCUUAUUACUCCAAGCGCUCUGCCUCCAUAUCGCCGCCAGUCUUUGUUCGGAUGCACCAUACCAACUCGCAUCGAGGUAUUCAUCGUCUUGUCAUAUUGGGUCGUUAGUUUCAUACUUUGUUGUGUAAACUACCGAGGAUUCAAAGGCAACCUUUACUGGUCUGCCGUUGCUCCUCAGAUAUGGCGAUAUAUUGCCGACCGAGCAGGCAUCAUGGCUUAUUCCAACUUACCCUUGAUGUGGAUGUUCAGUGGGCGUAACAACGUUUUCAUCUGGCUAACGGGCUGGCAAUUCUCUACGUUCAACCUCUUCCAUAGACAUAUCGCUCGCGUAGCGACUUUGCAAGCUAUCUUCCAUUCCAUUGCAUAUACGGCUUUCUAUUUCACUUCAGGCGAUGCGGUUGAUUACCGAGCAUCGUUCAAGGAGGCUUGGUGGUGUCUAGGAGUCGUGGCAACGAUUUCAAUGAGUUUUAUUGUUCUCUUCUCUUUCAGUUGGUUCCGUCGCAAGAUCUAUGAGUCUUUCCUUCUGAUCCACAUCGUUUUAUCUGUCGUGUUGAUUGUCGCUCUUUUCCACCACACGUCCAUAUUUGAUGGGGAAUACAAUCCUUAUUUAUGGCCUCUGGUCGCCAUUUGGAGCUUUGAUCGCUUCCUAAGGAUUGUUCGAGUAGUCUAUUGCAAUCUCCACGUACGACUGCGCAAAAAGGCACUCCAUCGUAGUGUUGCCGCGAUAUCCUACGACCAGGACGCCAAUAUCGUCCGUGUCGAUAUCAACACGCACGUAAAGCCAAAACCCGGUCAACACUAUUAUCUCUACCAGCCUUUCCGCUUUACUGGCUGGGAAAACCAUCCUUUCACUUUAGCAUACUGGAGCCAGUCCACGGAAGAAACUGCCCAGAUUCAGACUGGUUCCCCGGCCACAAAUAACGCAACAAAUCCGCCGUCGAGAAUUCAUGCAGUCGCUGAAGACGAGUAUAUUCUCUCUUUCUGGAUUCGCCCCUAUGAUGGCUGGACACGCCGUCUUCGUGAUAUGUGUCUAAAGUCUCAACCUACAUCCAAACUCUCUUCGGUCUCCAGACAGGCUAUCCUCCUUGAAGGCCCUUACGGCAUGGCCGAGCCACUGUGGGCGUUUGACGAGGUUCUUCUUAUUGCAGGCGGGUCUGGUGUUGCGGCCAUGAUACCGUAUAUACUUGAUCAUGUCUCACGGGCCGCUGCAGGCCAAACGCGCAUACGUGGACUCACGCUGGUUUGGUCCGAUCAUUCCGCAAAAGCUUCCAUCGACUCUUUACCAUUACCGUCUCCAGAUGAAAUCUCAAUAGAGAACACAUGCAAAGAGACGAAAGAAUGCGGUGUGCUCAAAGAUAAAGAGGCAGCUGAAGACAUACACGAGGCCGAUUCUUUAAUUUUCAGGACGGGCAGGCCUGAUAUUCCGAUGCUCAUUGAGAGUGCAGCGGCUUCUGCUAUCGAGUCUGGAUCACGGCUAGCUGUGAUGGCGUGUGGCCCCGGUGAGUUGGCAGAUACGGCCAGGGAAGCGACACAUCGGGCUAUGCAGAAUCAUAGCAAUUCUGUUGAGUAUUUUGAAGAGGCGUUUGGAUGGUAG